CUACACACUCCAGAGGCACGCGACGCUUCCUGAAACCGGGAGUCACCUCCAUCCUUCCAGCCAGUGGGUGGCUUGACCCUGGUGGCUCAAUGAGUCCAUCAUAAGAUCGCAUCCCCAGAUCAUCUCCACACAAAUGGGUUGUACCCAUUCCGCAUUCCCAAGACAAUGCUCCCAUCUAGAACAGCAUCGGCCUGCGACCACUGUCGCCUCCGCAGACGACGGUGCGACCGUGCCAGACCAAAAUGCUCGUUCUGUGUGUCUCAGGGUGCCGACUGCAUCUAUGGGCAGGCUACCAACCCUCAGCCCUCGCAGUUGGUCCAGGAGCUCAUGAGCAUACGAGAAAGACUCGAAUUCAUCACCCCACUGCUGGGGUCCCGAUCGCAGCCGUCCUCACAGGGUGACAAGACGCCUCCUGUGGUUGCCUUGCAGGAUUGUCCUCCACUCGCCCUGAAAUCGCCUUAUUCCAUGCAGGUCCUCGGCCUGCCGUCAAAUCUAGCAGCUAUUCUCUAUCGCUUGGAGACUAGCACUUCGCGGUUGCCGGUGUCUCCGGCCAACUCGGGCUGGAUCGAGGACCCUGAUCCGGAGCUUGUUCUCCGUUGUUUCCAAGAGUGCAUCCAGCCAUGGUACCCCAUUCUACAAUAUGAUUUCGCACUCGACUUCUCUCCUUACUCUACAGUAUCGUGUCUCUCGCAUCUCGUCGCCGCGAUUUCCAGUCUCGUCGAGGAUCGCCCCCAUGCGUCACAUUACGAGAUCGCCCUCUCCACAAUGGCCAAAGUGUUCCACGAAUGCAGUGUGACCAGUGCCCAGUGUUUGGUUUUGUUCAGUAUAUACCACGCCUGCCUCCUGCAGCCCAGGCAGUCAUUUGAAUAUGCUCAAGUUGCCAGUCUGAAACUGCAGCCGUUCCUAAAAGGUCCGUAUUUUCCCGAGGGGUCGCCGGAGUCGCACCUCGUCUCGAGGUUGGAAUGCACGAUCUACCUAAUAAUGAGUGAGAUAUCGAUGCAUCUGAAUCUUUCCUGCUCGGGAAAAAAGAUACGCAGCCGGUCAGCCACGGCCCCAACAACAAGAGGCAUGGAUACUAGGAAUUACCCCGUGGACUGGGAUACUACCUCAAAUUCGACCAUGUCCAGCAUCUUCCCCCACAGCGAAGCUCAUUCCCCGGAUGCGGCGCUGUCGGAGCCAUCCAGCCUUGGGGUAGAGGUAAAUCUGCAGCAGGCUCUGGACACGUACGCUACUUCCGCAACUGACAUGUCGACGACAUCCAAGGAUGCCUUUUCCUAUGCGGACAAUGCUCCGAUCGUAAACGGUGGCUUGCGGGAUAUGUCCGCGCUGGGUCUUACUCUGCAAUUCCCGGCUCUGGCCGAGAGUAUGCACGGUGCAAUCCAUCGGGUCAAGUACCACAUGUAUGAAGUAACAACCUACUGGCCGGCGCUCUAUCGCAUCAUUUUGAAUGGGUCGGCAGACCCGGAGCUUCUGCCCUACGCGCCUCUCUUCUUCGAGUCGGUAUCCAGCUUCCUAUGCGCAGGUACGGUUGCCCUCGCGUUAUGUCGGCCCAAGGCCUGGUUUCUAUGUGCAAGUAUAUACACAGUAUUGAUUGCCACCCUCGGAGCGUUGGAGGUCCCGACCCUCAGAUUACUCGCGCAGUCGCCGCUUUGGGAGCAGCUCGAGGGAUCGGUGGACGCGUUGCAGGGACCCGGUGAGUUUAGUACAUCGGUGCAGUAUAUGCACCGGUCGAUAAGGGAUCGUUUAGACAUAGUCAGGGGUCAGAAAACUAGUUAG